ACAAUUCUUGAAAAUGAAAUAGAAAUAGGAGAAGCAAUAUCAAACAAAAUAUUGGAUACUGCCCAAAAAGCAAUAGAAAAUCGAGGUCUUUUUACUUUGGCAUUAUCUGGAGGAAGCGUGGCUACAAUGCUAUGCCAGAAUCUCCUGGAGAAAUCCACGAGAAUUGAGUGGACGAAAUGGAGAAUAUUUUUAGCCGAUGAGCGCUUUGUUCAUCUUAAUGACUCUGAUUCGACUUUUGGAUUUUACAAAGACAACUUAUUCGAUCCAGCAGAAGUCCCCAAUGAUAAAACCUUUCCAAUUCAACUUAACCUUCCUCUUGACCAGGCGGCUCAAGCAUAUCAAAAUUCAAUAUUGUCUAUUUUUCCAAAAACUGAGGUCAGAUUUGACCUUAUCGUACUUGGAAUGGGCCCAGAUGGUCACACGUGCUCUCUUUUUCCCGAUCAUGCUAGUCAAUCUUUGAUCGUUCCAAUUUUUGACUCACCUAAAAACCCACCGAAAAGAAUAUCAUUUUCUCUAAAAAUGCUUAAUCAGGCACAUUCCAUAAUAUUUGCUGUCUGUGGAAAAUCAAAGUCUUCCGCAAUUCGGGUAAUCGAAUUAUGA